AUUAAAUUAUGAAAAAAAAUUUAUAAAAAUAUCAUAUGUUAUAAAUAAAAUUAUAAAUUUUCUUAAUUUCAAAUAUUUUAGUGAUAUAAAUAUCAUAUUACAUAUUAUAUAUAAUUAUAUGUUAUAAAAACUAUAUUUAAAUACAUUUCUUUUGCAUAGGAAUAUUCCAGACAUUUGUAGAAUCAUGUUUCGCCGCGAUACGUAUACGCAUGUGCAAACAUUUCUAUAGUUGUAUUCGUUGUUUAAAGGUUGUGGGAAUAUAGUUGAGUAAAGUAGCGAAUGAAUGUUGUUGUUCCGCAAUGCAGUUGAUCUUGUGAUUUGCGUAUGCUUACGAUUUUUAUAACGUUUGCACGCACUCACGAAACAAAUAUAAAAUCACGCGGACUAUUAAUUAAAAACUAUUGGUUGAUGUCAAUCUUACAUAUUAUUGUUUGGUCUAUCGUGGCUGUGUGAGAGGAAAACAAACAGUUCUCCACGAUCUUUCUCGAACAAUGCAUCGCAUAUUAUAGAACGAGUGUCACAGAUAAAUAUAUUAUUAUUAGUCUAAUAUUUGAGACUUUUUUUGUUCGAUUUAGCGAACAUUUGCAUAUCGUUAUAUUCUACAUUCUUUAUUGAGCUACCACAAGUAGAUAAUAGAGGUUAGCGUCUCGUAAAUAGUUCAAGGAUUCGUAUUGUGCGACGAAGUGUCUUGAAACGUAUUUGUUAUACAUCUUUUUUUCCAAGACUUGUGCCAAAAUCUUAUGUUACACAACACAAAUAUUUUUGUGAAAUUCUUCAAAGACAUUACUUAUCACACCGCACAUUUGAAGAUUCAAGCAUAUUUUUUCAAGUUUUGGUGAUUCCAAAUGACAGUAGGCAAUUUACUAUUUACAAGUUUUAUAUAUUGAUUUAAAAAAAUUACAAUAAGAUACUUUGAAAAUAUAUUACUUGUAUUUGUGAUUUUAUAAAAAUUUUAUUAAUAUGAUUACAUAAAAAAAUACUUUAAACAGUUAAUAUUGUUAUUUUUAUAAAAAAUGCAAUCAAAUAUCGAAAGAAUUGUUAUAUUAUAAUUUUUUAAAAACAAAUUGUUAUAUUUAUAUAACAAUUAUAUAACAUUUAUAUUGUUAUAUUUGAAAUUAUUUGUCGAUCUUUACUAUAAAACAUGGCAGCACUAUCUACGCAGUAUCAAAUCUAUUCUCCUACUCCGGUUCAGAAUGCAAUGGGAGGAGCGAAUCUUCAUACCCCUCCAUCCAUAUUUCAACAUAUGAUGGGUCAACAAAGUGCUUCACAACAACCAGGAACAUGGAUGCAAAUGCCACAAGUACCUCCAAUGUCAAUACCAUGGAGUGUGCCAUCUCUCCAACAACCCGAAUUAGUAAGAUUUACUGGUGGACCAAGUUUUGAACCAGUUCCUCAUCAAAAGAGAAAACUUGAAACUUGUGAUCUAUUAGAUAUGAGGCAAACAAAACAAUUUAUAACAGAAGAAAAAAUGGCUGCACAUUUCAAAGAUUUGCAUAUUAGUUCUAAUUAUCAACAACAUUCGCCUGUACCAUCAACUUCAACAGCUGAUACAAUUCCUUCUAGAGAAUUGAAUAUGGAGUUAGAAAUAGAUGCAGCUAAUACAGAUCAAUUAAAAUCUGGACCCAGAUUGAUUCUUUCAGAAGAAUUAAAAAGACUCAAGAAAGAACCUAUUUUGCCAAAUUCUUUAUUAUCCAAAUUGGAGAGGCCCUCCAUGGCUUUAGUUCUAUGGGAACCACCGAAUAAACAUCUUCGUAUAUUACCAACUAGAGAUACACCCACUCCAAUUCCUAAUAUUUCUGAUGAUAAUAACAACAACAAUAACAACAACAACAAUAAUAAUAAUAAUAAUAAUAAUAAUAAUAAUAAUGAAGCUAUUUCCGAUCUAAAUCAAACUUUAUCGAAUAAUUCGUCAGGUUUCGAACCAAUGGAAUUAUGAAGGUAAUUUAUUAAUUAAAAAAUUGUUUUUACAUUCUCGUAUAUCGUUAGAGAAGAAAGAAUGCGAUAUUAUAUUUUAACAUGUAAAUUAAAAAAAGAAAGUUAUAUCUUAUAUUUUUUAUCUGAUACUAACAUGCUUACACAAGGUUGAGUAAAGUAAAUGGAUGGCAAUCUUUUUAUUAAGUGAAAGUAAGUAAGUAAAUUAUAUUCAUUCUAUAAGUUAGUGAAUUACUCAGUUAAGUUAUAUUAUUAUUUUACUUAUCGAUUACAAGAAUAUAAAACUGUAAACAAAAUAAUAUCAGCAAGUUCCUUUUGUACAUUACGUAUGAUUUAUUUGCGUAAAUUUAUUGAAGAAAAAUUAAUAAAUAAGAAAAAAAAUUUCUUCAAUAAAUACACGUUUAUGGGUUUAUUCAAAACUCAAUAUUAUUAUAAUUAUUAUUAACUUUCGAAUCACCGAUAUUAAAAAAAUAGCCGAUCUUGAUCAUUUUUGAUCCAUAUCUGACUUGUAGAUAUUAAAUAUCAUUUACACCAUCAAAAACAUGAAUCAAAAAUGACUCGGUUUUUGAAUGAGAGUUAAUAUAGCAUAUUAUAAUUGUACCUUUGUUAUUAAUAAUGUUUCAUUUCAUUUUGUUACAAUUGAAAUUGAAAUACGAUGAUGAUUACACGAUAUAUAGAGUGAUACAAAUGGACAGAAGAUAAAUAUAUAUGCAAAAGUCAAAAAAGAAGAAUAUGAUUUUUUUAUUUAAAAUUUCAUUUUUAAGUAAAUCAAGUUUGAAACUUUUAAAAUGCAAUUUUCGAUUAUAAGUAAUUUCCGAAUAAAAGUAAAAUUUUUUUAUUUAAAAAUAGUUUUCGAAAUUGAACAAAAUAGUAUUGAUGAAUAUUUGAUUGUUAAUUAUUAAUUAUUAUUAUUAACCAGUAUCGACUAGUAUUGAUCAUUUGUUGAGGAUUUAUAAUUUCUAGAUAGAUUUAGAACUAUCAAACACAGUAUUCCUACAUUCAUUUAAAUAUAUUUUAAUGAAUAUGGUUUAAUUAUCUGCAGUUUAAUCAUUGAAUGGGAAACAUUUUCUAUGUAAGAAAAUUAUUAAUACUUAAUAUAUAAUUCAGUUAAUUAUUUAUAUUUUUUGAAUUAUUCAAUCUUAAUUUUUUCAAUAAUUAAAAUUUCAAUAAAAUUUUCUCUAUUAAUUAAUUAUCCUAUAUAUUUUAAUUUUUAAUUCUAUCCUAUUAGUUUUAUUUAUUAAUAAUUUAUAUCCAAUUGAAAAUUAAUCAAUUCCAAUUUUAGUUGAAAAUGAAACAAAACUUUAAAUAAAAAAAUUUUAUUUUUUUUAUUUUUGAUCUAUUUUUGCGUAUUAAAAUUAUCUUCUGUUCUUUUGUAUUAUGCUAAAACAUCAUCCUGUAUAUAAACGAAAAUAAAAAUAAACAAUAAAACAACAACUAAAAAUAAGAAGAAAAAAAUUACUCGUAAUACAAUAAAUAUUGGAUAAUUGCCUAGAAGUGCCUGAAUAAAAAAUUAAUGGAAUUUAAAUUUAAUUCUGAUAUAGAUCAAAAUUUAGAAUUUUCUUUGUAAUUUUUUAUAUAAAAAAUGAAGAUUAAAAAUAACGAUAAGUUUUAUAAUCAAACAGAAUCCUUCUCAAUAAAUAUAAGAUAACUUUAUUUUAAAUCACUUCAAAAAGUUAUCCAAUAUUUAAUGUAAUGUAAUUUUAUUUCUACAGUAUGUAUAUGUAUACAACGUAAUCUUAAGGUUCUAUGAUGUUAAGAUUGUAUUAUAUAUUCAAUUUGUUGCAUGAAUGACGAUCCAUUGUUUGUCAUAUGGAGGUAAUCUGACAUAUCAAUAUCUGAUAUGUUUCCGAUUGUAUGAUUUUGCAUAAAAAUAUGAUAACAUUACAUUAACAUUUAA